AUGAGUUCAAGUUCUUUCACUAUCCUUAUUUUCUUUUUUCUUUCUUUUGUUAUUUCUUUUGCUCAUGCUCUAAACACCGGUUUUAGCGUUGAACUUAUCCACCGUGAUUCUUUAAAAUCACCACUCCACCAACCUACACAAAACAAAUACCAACAUGUUGUCAAUUCCGUGCGACGUUCUAUCAAUCGUGUCGAUCAUUUUUAUAAAUAUCCCCGGACUGAUACACCUAAAUCAACGGUAAUUCACGAUAAUGGUGAGUAUUUAAUGGCUUACUCUAUUGGUACCCCGCCUUUUAGUGUAUACGGUAUUGUUGAUACAGGGAGUGACAUUGUUUGGCUUCAAUGUAAGCCUUGCGAAGAUUGUUACAACCAAACCACUCCUAUAUUUAAUCCUUCAAAAUCAUCGAGUUAUAAAAACAUUCCAUGCCCUUCUAAAUUAUGUCAAUCAGUGAGAGAUACAUCUUGUAAUGAACAAAACUUUUGCGAAUAUGCUAUUAAAUAUGGUGAUAAAUCUCAUUCACGCGGAGAUCUUAGUCUUGAGACUCUUACAUUAGAUUCUAACACUGGUAAUUCUAUCUCUUUUCCUACAUCAGUUAUAGGAUGCGGGCAUAGUAAUACUGGGACAUUUCACGGGGCAGGCUCGGGAAUAGUUGGUCUUGGAAUUGGACCAGUGUCUCUUACAACAAAAUUGGGAUCAACAAUUGGAGGAAAAUUCUCUUAUUGUUUGGUUCCUCAUGCUCUCAAGUCAAACACGACGAGUAUACUCAAUUUUGGAGAUGCUGCUGUGGUUUCUGGUGAUGGCGUUGUGUCAACUCCUUUAGUGAAACUUAACCCGCCAACUUUUUACUAUUUGACAUUGGAAGCAUUUAGUGUUGGUAGCAAAAGAAUAGAACUUGGAAGAUCUUUUAAUGGUGGUGAAAAGGGUAAUAUCAUAAUCGAUUCUGGUACAACAUUGACGCUCUUACCUGAUGAUGUUUAUGUUAAUUUAGAAUCAGCUGUGGCGGAAUUGGUGAAACUAGAGCGUGUUGAAGACCCUGGUCGAUUUCUCAGUCUUUGUUAUAGGAUCAAAUCCAAUGAUUAUGAUUUUCCUAUAAUUACUGCUCAUUUCCAAGGUGCAGAUGUCAAGUUGCAAUCAAUGAGUACAUUUGUUUUCAUUGAUGAAGAUAUUGUUUGCCUGGCUUUUCAAUCGUCUAAAAUUGGUGCAAUUUUUGGAAACUUGGCUCAACAAAAUUUGUUAGUUGGUUAUGAUCUUCAGAAAAAUACCGUGUCAUUUAAGCCUACCGAUUGUACUAAGUUGUGA